UGCUUCUUUCAUUACACGACUCAGUUGGGGUUCCGAAACAUCACGGCUCCACAGAAGAAAGCCGUUGAAGUCUUCGCCUCGUUGGUCACCACGGGUCCGAAGGCCAAUGCGUGGUGGGGACAAGGCGUUUACAGUGUCAGAAGGGCACCGGAUGAAUGGCCAGACGUGGCCACGCUGAUUGACAAUAACUAUCGGAAUAUGCAUAAGAGGGAUGUUGAAUCGAAAGGCCGUGAGGCAGCGGACGAGGAGUAUUCCUCCCGUGUGGCUUACUGUAUUCCACUCUUAGCCAACUCUGCCAUAUGCUACGACGUUUCGAUUCAACAGACGCCGGAGAUGCAGAAGGAGGGCAAGCCUCCCGGCGUGAACCUGGCAGGAAAGCUGCUGAAUGAACGUGGGCAGCCAGAGAGGCAGUGCGUCGUGAUCCGGGCUCAAAGGGAGAAGGAAGUGGGCCAUGCCAGUGCAGUGCUGCUGGACACG